AUGGCCGGAAAUGAGGUGCGAAAUCGAGGGAAUGUUAAUGCUUCACCGUCAGCAGCACCCGCCACCACAGCCGAACCAGACGAAAAAGUUUUGAAGAAUCGACCAAAAGCAUCGGCCCUUCGACAACAACGUCUCCCAGCAUGGCAACCUAUUCUGACUGCCACGACGGUGAUUCCAGCAGUAUUUUGUGUCGGAAUCGUUUUUAUUCCAAUCGGUGUUGCCCUCUAUCUCGCUAGUAGUGGAGUGGAAGAAUUUCGCGUUGAUUACUCCCAAAAAUGUACGAUAGGACAACCGUGUACCGUCCCAAUUACAAUUGAGAAGGAUAUGGAGGGAAAAGUCUUCUUUUAUUACUUCCUUUCGAACUAUUAUCAAAAUCAUCGGAGAUACGUCAAAAGUCGGAACGAUCAACAAUAUAUGGGAAAUUAUGAUUCAACAACAGAUUGUGAACCUUUCGACAAAAUGUCAAUGCCUGAUGGCACCGAGAAAAAGAUUCUUCCGUGCGGUGCAAUUGCAAAUUCGAUGUUUAACGAUACGUUCAUGCUGUUCACAGACAAUGUCGCUGGAAUACCUGCAAAUACAAAUGUAACAAUGACAACCGAUGGAGUUAUUUGGGAAGUGGACGAACAAAGGAAAUUCAAGAAUCCUAGUUCUGACUGGAAAGACGGAGAUUGCACCCCAUUUCAGAACUAUACUAAACCACCGAAUUGGCCAGUUCCAAUUUGUCAAAUGCACGGUGGAAUGCAGAAUGUUGAUUUUAUCGUUUGGAUGAGAACAGCCGCGCUUCCAAGUUUUAGAAAGCUUCACAGGAUUCUUCAACCUGACGGCUUAGGGCAUUUUACGAAUGGCUUACCGAAGGGAAGCUAUAGACUGCAGGUUCAAAACAAUUAUCCUGUUUCGACUUUUGGAGGUACAAAAGAAUUUGUCAUUUCGACGACUUCUUGGGCUGGUGGCAAAAAUGGUUUUCUUGGCGUUGCUUAUAUGGCUGUUGGAUCACUAGCUAUCUUGCUUGGCAUAAUCUUCAUCAUAAUACAUAUAAAGUUUGGACACUCUGUGGAUGAAUUGAGCAAUAUAAACCGGCAAUCA